AUGGAAGCACUCAAGGAAAAUUUACAACGAGCCCAAAAUCAACAAAAAAUAUAUGCGGAUAGACAGUGUACUGAAUGGACUUUUGAAGUGGGAGAUUUGGUGUUCCUACGCUUACAGCCUUACCGUCAAUCUUCAAUGAUGGGUAAUGGGGCAAAGAAGUUGAAACCUCGUUUCUAUGGACGCUAUCUAGUGAUCAAGAAGGUAGGACAGGUGGCUUAUAAGCUGGAAUUACCACCCAACAGCAGGAAUCACAACAUUUUUCAUGUUUCAUGUCUCAAAAAGGCUCUUGGACAGCAGAUUACCCCUACAUUAGAGUUACCUCCCCUUGAUUAUGAAGGUAAGCUCAUCCUCAAACCAGAGACCGUGCUCAAUGUGAGGGAAAAGAGGUUAAAGGAUAAGGUAAUUACUGAAUACUUAGUGAAGUGGAAGGGGCUGCCACCGGAGGAUGCCACAUGGGAAGGUAUAGAAAUUUUUGAACAUCCCAAUCUGCAAUUGCUUGAGGUCAAGCAAUUCGAGAUGGAAGGACUGUCAUGA